AUGAACAACAGCUAUGACAACAACUAUGUAGAUGUUGUUGAUUUAGAUGAUGAUGAAGAUGAUGUUCCUAUCACACCCCCGCCACCUCCAGUAGACACCAUCAUUGUUGACACUCCUCCUGAUCCAGCAACUCCACCAUCAAGUUCUCAACGCUCUGCCUCAUCAACUCCAACAACAAGUACAAGUGCAACGACAACGACGACAACAACAAACUAUAGUCUUCAACCUAGACAGAUGUCAUUGUCACAACCAACAUUGAGGAUGAAGAGCGAAACAGAGCAACAACAAACAAAGCUUCCUACAUUGACAUUACCAAAAUCACUUAACAAGCCAAUGUCAUUAUCACAACCAUCAUCAUCAUCAACAAUGCCAUCUCUGAAGAACUUCAAAAUAACUCUAAGAAACCCGUUACAACCAAACACGCUGUUGCUCCAGCCAUCUGGUGGCUGGCUCAACACAUCAUCCACAUCAUCAACAUCCACUCCCAAGCUUACAUUAUCGACUACACCUCUUAAGUCCCUACAGGCAACGAGUACGACACACACUCUUACACCAACAAAGACCUUCAACACAUCUUGGUCUGGUGGCGGUGCAUCAAGGUUAAAGACUGAGCUCAAGACUGAACCAUCCACUGCCACUGCUGAUAUCAAAGUGGAUUGGAAGGCAUUGGGCAACAACACAUAUGAGAUCAAUGGGUACAAUGUACAGUUCCCCUUCCCUCCCUAUGAGACGCAGGCAUCAAUGAUACAUCAGAUAUUGGAGGCACUGAAACGUGGAGAAAAUGCAUUGCUUGAGUCGGCCACUGGCACGGGCAAGACUCUGUCACUACUUUGCGCAUCGUUGGAGUGGCAGGCAACGCGUCAGAAGGAGAUAUAUGGACGACAACUUUUGCAUCAACAACAGAAACAACAGGGCGACGCAGUAAAGGCGAGGAAGAAGGCGAGGAAGGAAAACAAUGGUAAUGGUGUCAAGGUCACUUCAACAACAACAUUUGGAAACGGCGAUGAUGAUCGCGACCUUCAAUCAGACAUUUACAUGCCCAAGACCCCAGUCAAUGCCAAUGGCAAGCGACCAUCUAACCGAUCACCUCCAGGCUUUGACCCGGAGGACGACGACGAUGAGGACCCCAACGCCUGCUUCGAGGAGGAGCCUCCAACGAUAUUCUUUUGCUCCAGGACUCACUCACAGGUGAAGCAGCUCACUGGCGAACUCCAAAAGACUGCGUAUCGACCCAACAUGGUGGUGUUGGGCAGUCGCGAUCACUACUGCAUCAAUCCAGCACUGGCCGAUCAGUUCAGCAAGCGUGAAAAGUGUAACAAUCUGCUCAAGAAGAAACAGUGCGGCUUUCACAAGGAGCGAGAGAAUGCCUAUCACCUGGUCACCAGUGGCAUGUUCAAGAAGGGUGGCGAGCACCAAGUCUGGGACAUGGAGGACCUGAUGAAGGCCGGUCGCGAGCAUCACGAAUGUCCAUACUUUGCCAGUCGACAGAUGAUCGCCAAGGCAAACCUUGUCUUUUGUCCCUACAACUACAUCAUCGACCCUUCCAUCAGAUCUCACUUCAAGGACAAGUUUGAGAAGAGUGUAGUCAUAUUCGAUGAGGCACACAACAUUGAAGACGCCUUGAUGGAUGCAUCCAGCUUUGAUAUAAAGAAGGAGGACUUGGAGGAAGUUGUGUACCAGAGCUUGAAGCCUGUACUAAUGCAAUCUCUACUCCCAGACGAAAUUGUCAAGAGCGUUCGUGUGCUGUUUGACAUGGGAGAGAGUAUACUAAAGUGGCUCAAUGACAAGGCGAGUACACUCACUGACAUUGACUUUGAGAAGCAAGCCAAUGUGUGGCCUGGAUCACAGAUUAUUGGAGUGUUGGAAUCGAUGGGAAUCACCAGACGCAAUUACAAAGAGAUCAAUGCAGCACUGGACAAACUGAGUGAACAAUCUGAUUCGGACAAGAAGGAUAACUCGGGUGGAGGAGGUGGUGGCGGCGGAGGUGGCUCUAGGAUGGCCAGCGGUCAUUUGAUGAACCAGGUUCGUAAGGAAAUGGGAAUGCCGCCAUCUAGACAAAGUAACGGCAACAAGCGAUCACUUGUGGAGGACAUCAUCUCGCCCAAGACAUUCUCAAUCUUUGAAACGAUGGCCAACACAUUCUGGUUCCUCUUUGAGAACUUCCAGUAUCUGAGCGACUUCAAACUGGUGGUCCAGAAGCAAUCAGAGUUUGCUCCUCGCGAUGGAAUGAAGUGGACACAUAGCUUUGGCAUUUGGGCAUUGAAUCCAAGAGUGGCAUUCAAGUCAAUAGCAGAACAUACUCAUUGUAUCAUAUUGACAUCUGGUACAUUGUCACCUUUGAGCUCAUUCUCGAGUGAGUUGUCCGUAUCAUUCCCCGUCACAGCAGAGUUGGGUAACUUGAACGACAUCCAAAAGAGAGUAUGGAUAGGCACGCUUGGCUAUGGUAAGAACAAUAUAAGGAUGGACGCUACCUUCAAAGGAUCAGAGUACCUCGAGUUCCAGGAUGCCCUUGGCGACGCCAUACUCAAACACAUCCAGCUCAUACCCGAUGGAGUGCUGGUCUUCUUCCCCUCAUACUUCUUCCAAGAGAAGCUCCAUGAUCGUUGGAAGACCACUGGUCUGAUACAAAGGUUACAUCAAACCAAACCAUUAUAUGUUGAACCAAGAUCAGUAAAGACCUUCCCAACAGUGCUCAAUGGUUAUAAUAACUCGGUGAAGGCCGGUAAGGGAGCAUUGUUAUUCUCUGUGUUCAGAGGCAAGGUCAGCGAGGGCAUCAACUUCUCUGACGAGUAUGCCAGAGGAGUAAUAAUCAUUGGUAUUCCAUUUCCAAACAUCAAGGACCUCAGAGUCGACUUGAAGAAGAAAUACAAUGAACAGAACCAAAGCAAAGGUUUGAUCAGUGGAAGCGCUUGGUACAACCUUCAAGGAUACCGUGCAAUGAACCAGGCAGUUGGAAGAUGUAUAAGACAUAGAGAGGACUAUGGCUCAAUCCUUCUGAUAGACGAUAGAUUCACCAAUACGAACCUGUGGUCCAAUCUCUCCAAAUGGGCAAGAGUGUGUAUCAAGAACAACAAGACUAUAGACAAGUCAUUGGAGUCUCUGCAGCAAUUCUUUGAGGACAGAAAGAAGAUCAAACCAACCAAAUGA